AUGGCGGAUACUGAGGAGGUUACGAAACAUCGCAAGUCCGUCGCUUUCAGCGAAGACACUACAAUCAUGGAUGCCAACGGGGAGGUCACGGAGGCUUCCCACGUGGAAAAGAAUACCGCCGAGAGCCAUUCCGCAGACAAGGAAGUCGACGAGGUUACCGAGCUCUUCAAAGGACUGUCCAAGAAAAAGAAGACCAAGAAAUCCAAGGAUGCCGAUGCCGAGGGAGGCGACGAGGCUGCUCCGGCUGCUGAUGGUGAACUUGAUUUGAGUGCGAUGAAGAAAAAGAAAAAGAAGGUCAAGAAAGCCGAUGCUGGGGACUUUGAGGCCAAGCUCGCCGAGGCCGGUGUUACAGGGGAAGGCGCAGAAGGCAAAGAACCUGCGGCGGAACAACUGCCGGAGGGCGAUCUCGAGAAGGGUACUGGUAUUUGGGCUCACGAUGCCACACAAGCCAUUCCAUACCAGCUGCUCGUCACUCGAUUCUUCUCUCUUAUUCAGAGCCACCACCCCGAUCUUCUUUCCAGCGGCUCGAAAUCGUACAGAAUUCCUCCUCCCCAAUGUCUUCGAGAAGGUAACCGUCGUACAAUUUUUGCCAACAUUGCCGAUAUUUGCAAGCGGAUGAAGCGUUCGGACGACCACGUCAUGCAAUUCUUGUUCGCUGAAUUGGGUACCAGUGGCAGUGUUGACGGUAGCCGACGGUUGGUUAUCAAGGGUCGUUUCCAGCAGAAGCAGAUCGAGAACGUGUUGCGUCGUUAUAUUGUUGAAUACGUUACCUGCAAAACUUGCAGAAGCCCCGAUACCGAGCUCAACAAGGGAGAGAAUCGUCUCUAUUUCGUUACUUGCAACUCUUGCGGAUCUCGACGAUCAGUCACGGCCAUCAAGACCGGUUUCCGUGGACAAGUCGGACGUCGUAAGAAGGCCGCCUAA